GUUAAAUUGAAAACAGCCGCGGGUUCCAUAAACGGCUGUUAGCGCCGUAACUGUGACCAUGAAAGGAUAGACAGCUGCUUGUGAUGUCGGAGGAGAUAUUUUAAUCACAAAAUAAUGGCGUCGCGAAGAAAUAAGAAGCACGUAUUUAGCCGGAGAAUGCUAACUAAAGUUACAGCUAACGUUAGCCAACGUCGGGAGUUGUCUUCAACGCUAGCUAGCUACCAGUAGAGAAUCUUUUUUAUUUAUUGUCAAUGCUGCUUGAAUUAUCAAGGCAGUAUAAUGUGUAUGUCGUUACCUUACUUUGUGAUACGCCAAAUAACAGAUAGGAAUUGCAGUUAGCGUAACGGUUAUAGUGUCGUCAGUGUGGUGACAGUUCUUACAGUUACAGUAAUUAGCUCACCUGUUGCACCGCUUGUUUUGGGAAACGCAGCCAAACUUCAGACAUGUCAGUCAACGGGAAAGUCAUCCCGCACACCCCGCUGGCCGUGGACUUCUGGCAUGUGCGCAAGUGUCCGGGGACACGGUUAUUUUUCCUGUCCCACAUGCACAGCGACCACACGGUGGGUUUGACCUCCACCUGGAGCAACCGGCCCAUCUACUGCUCCCCUGUCACUGCCACUCUGCUCAAACUCAAACUGCAGGUGAAAGAGCAGUGGAUCCACCCUUUAGAGUUGGAUGAGCCAUACAUGUUGCCGCUGGAUGACAUUGGCAAGGAGAAGCUGACAGUCACACUGAUAGAUGCCAACCACUGUCCCGGGGCUGUCAUGUUUCUCUUCGAAGGCUACUUUGGCUCUAUACUGUACACUGGUGACUUCAGAUAUAUCCCCUCUAUGCUGCGUGAGCCGCGCUUGAGGAACAACACCACUAUAGAUGUCCUGUACCUGGACAACACCAACUGUGACCCCAACCGCACCCUCCCCACCCGCCAGCGAGCCACUCAACAAAUCAAAGAGAUCAUCCGCUGCCACCCCAACCACAAUGUUGUCAUAGGCCUUUAUGCACUAGGUAAGGAGUCGCUGCUGUUGGAGCUGGCGAUGGAGUUUAAAACCUGGAUUGAGGUCAGCUUUGACAGAAUGGAGACCCUCAAGGCCCUGGAACUGCCCGACGUCUUCACCACUGACCCAGGAGCAGGUCGUAUCCGAGCUGUGGACCAGUCGGAGAUCUGCUCUGCCACUCUACACCAGUGGAACAAAGAACAUCCCACUUUGGCCAUCUUUCCCACCAGCAGGCCCCUGGUCUCCUUUCACCCCAACGUCCAUGUGGUGCCCUACUCUGAUCACUCCUCUUACCAAGAGCUGGAGGAUUUUGUUUCUGCACUUAAACCUACCUCCCUUGUACCCAUUGUAGGAAACCAUGCACCCGGAAGCUUCUAUGCCUUACUGCCCAACAAAAAGCGCCAUGAAAUCCUGGUGCCUGAGUCAGUCCGACACUACAUGUUGAGACAGCCUGAGGCUGAGACUCAGCUCAGCUCAUCAGCAUACACCAGCCUUCGCCGCAGACAUUUCCAACCUCUUGCUCCCAAAGGAGUGGUGUUUGAUUCUCCUGCAAGGGGAUCCAAGACGUCAUGUGAGGAAGCCUGGGAGGCAGAGUGCGCAGAGCAGGGUGCUUCUGAGGAAGAGAUGGACACAGAGAGUAGUGAAAGGGACUCUGACUGCAUCUAUGUUGACCUGAGCAAGGACCCCAGCCCUAACAGAAACAGAGGAGGGACUGGAGACACUUUGAGCCUCAGUAUCCUCCACAAAGUGCCUAAAGAUAUGGUGAUGGAAGAGUCUGUGCCAUUUCAAUUCAGCCAGAGCGACUUCGCUCCGGUGGAGAUCCUGACAAACACCAAGGCUAGCAUGAAGCCUGUCAGGACCACAAGAAGGCCUUUUGAAACGAAUGCCAAAAUAAUCAGCGAGACAGCUUCAAAUGAGAAUUACAGCAGCCAGCGUAACAGACAUGGAAAUGUUCACAAGAACUGCACAUUAUCAGUCAGUGAAAGCAUGUGUCAGCACAAUGGAAAAAGAAUUGAUCAGGACGGUGACAUGUUAGAUGACACUAACACGAGUCAGCACAGUGAAUAUGGAGCUGAUCAGAACAACAGCGUGCCACUGCAAAGCAGCCUCGAUAACGAUUCCUGCUCUUCAUCCAGUUUCCAGACUGUGCUGCGGCAGGAGUACUUAGAAGAGCUUGAAAACAGUCUUUUGGAGGAUCUCCCCUUCACAGAGGAGGACUUCAAGGCAUGUGGCCUCAUGCAGCAGAGUUUGGUGAAACAGUUUCCCCUCUGUUCUGUAUGUGACACAGGAGAGGAUGGCCUCUUGGACAAUUAAUGUGACCUGACAUUGAAGACUUGCCUUGCUCUAAAGGCCUUUUUGUGUUGUGUGUGUGAAGAUGAGCACUUUAAAGCCAAUAUACAACUUUAUCAUUGGUACCUUCCUUAUUUAUUUUAUUUUCUUUGUGUUGCCUCCACAAAAGGGUUUGUCCCUGGACCGGACCUGUAAAGUGAUUGACGGACCUUUGCCCUCAGCUUCCAUCACGGCAGCCUUGGCCUCCUGGAUGUGUAAGCCAGGACAGUCUUCAGUGGUGGGUCUUAUGUAGGGCUGAUUCACAGCUUAAAGUAAUCUGUAAUUGAUAUUUGUAAGGAAACAUUUGACUGGUAAGCUUUUCCCUUUUUUUUUUUUUUUCUUUGCCUUGUGAACCAACUGUCUUGACGCACUGGUCACUUUUUCGUUCUUCAUUCUUAAGCAGCUGAAAAUUAGAGUGAUGGGAUUUUUAGGCAUUUUUAAAUCUCAAUGGAUGGAGAAGUUUUUGCUGCAAAGUGAGUCAAAAGCCAAAAUCGAAAUUUAGUUUUAGCCUAUAAGCUAAGACAAAGUGACACAAAUUUUUGAAGCAGUCAUGUUUCUGCCAUAUUUCAGAUCUGCCUUUCACUGAAACAUUUUUUAUUUCCACUGAGUGUGAGAAAUGGCCUUUAUUUUUAUAAGGCUAAAUACUGCUGUCCCUUUUUACUGAGAAUCACAGUAUUUAAGAUUGAUGGUUUUGGUAUUAUCUGUGUUUUGGUUGUAGUUUUGAGUCAGCAACCUCAUAAUGGGAAAAAAAGACUCCUACUUUCUGUGAUUGCCUUUGUUUAUGACUGUAUGCCUAUUUGAGGUAGAUAAUAUUUAAAAUAUAGGAUAUCUUUCCCAUACAUCCUUAAGUAGCUGUGGUAGUGCUCUGUUUUGCUAGUCCACUAUUGCAGGUACUUUAGUGUAAAACAUUUUUUAGAACUGUUCAUAUUAAUUAUCCAAGUAUUGUGUAAAACUAAAUUUUAAAUGACAUGCAUGUGUAUUAAAAGCACAAUUGCUUCAGACUGUAUUCAUAUGACAGGUUAAUGUGUUUCAUAGUUGUUUUGAUUAGAAGUGACAUAAACCAGUGGUGUGCAGUUCAUCUUCUCUCUUAACAGCUCACUCUGGCAGUGUUGAUCCCAAACCUGUGAGACUGAAGUUCUCUGUAACUCUUACAAGCCUGUGAACAUUGUGAAGAAACACUUUGCCUUUCUACAUUUGGCUGUACUUGUUUUAAAACAGGAAAAUGUUCCUCUUAAGAGAGAUUGGUUUAUUGUAAAGAAAAAAUAAAA